AUGCGCGGGGGUUACGGCGCGCCGGGGAGGGGGAACGAGGAGUGCGUGUACGGGGAAGACGAGGAGGGGGAGGAGGAGGAAGGCCGGGAACGGAGCUUGCGCGCGGGGAUACUGAGAGGCGCGGCGGCGCUGAGAGAGCGGCAAGCGGGCUCGUCGGACGACGGCGCAAGCACCUCCCCCACGUCGAUAGGCUCCCCCGGGGUUCUGCCCGCGGGUGGCGGAGGAUUAGGGGCCGUUGGCGGGGGAUCUGAGCCGUCGAAUCGUCCGAGCACGGCGAGCAGCACCAGCAGCACCAUGAGCGGCGGCGGCGGGGGGUUCGGCGGAGGGUUUGGCGGAGCGGGGAGUAGCAGCAGCAGCAGCAGCACGGGGGUGACGGUCAUCCGCGGAGUUAUGGCGGGCGGGUCUGUGGGUAGAAGCGGGGGAACAACCCUAGCGGGGAAGCAGGUGGUGAUUCGGAUUCGACCCAGAGGCGGCUCCAUAGACGCGUCGCACGGAGUGGGUUCCACCAGCAGCGGCGGCGGCGGAGGCGGCGGAGGCGACGGCGGCGGCGGCGCGGACGUAGGCAGUGGCGCGGCGGCAGCGGGUUUCACGGCGACGGUGACGGCUGUGCUUCCGGCAGGCGCGGGGUCCCCCCGUUCCCCGUCCAGCGCGCGCAGACGGGAGGCGGGGGGGGCAAGCACGCCUGGCGCGGGCGGAGGGAGGCUAGAGGGGGUAGGUAGGCACACAUUCGCAGCAGGUAGCACAGGCGGGGACGCUGCUGCGGAAGGCGGGUAUUCCCGCUCGGUGGCGGCUGCCGAAGCAGCAGCCGCGGCAAUCGCGGUGGCAGACGCGGCGGCUGUAGCGCAGGCGGGGAAGGCGGGGUGGGAGCCGCCUCUCAGCCCCACAGGGGUGCCUGUCAUCCCCCCGGAGGGCCGUCUGAGCAGCGAGGGAGACGUUUUCCUUGAGUAUCUGCGGAAGGCGGGCGAGGGGAGGGCAGCUGCGCAGUAUGAUGUUGCCGUGUGCUACGGCGGGGGCUUUGGCGUGAAGCAGGAUAAGUCCCUCGCCGCGUACUGGUUCAGAAAGGCGGCGGAACAGGGGUUGGCGCGCGCACAGUACGCCCUAGCAGAGUGCUACGAGACAGGCGCGGGCGUGGAGAGAGACGAAGAGGAGGCGUUUCGGUGGUUCUUCCGGGCGGCAAGCUUCGGCAGCGGGAAGUACCUGGUGAAACUGGGGCUGUGCUUUGAGCGGGGGUUUGGAGUGACGGAGUGUCCCGUAGCAGCGCUGUACUGGUACCACAAGGCGGCGGAGCAGGGGCCCAAGUUUGCCGCGCAGGUGGAGAAGCGCAUGGAGGUGCUGCAGCGGCAGCGGGAGGAGGAGAUCAUGAGCGCGCGCGCGGGGAGGGCGUGCCGCGCAAGCGGCAGGGGGAGCAGGAGGCACUACAGGGGCCAACGGGGCCUCGGGCGUCCACCUGUCAGGCAGUGGUCAGCGAUGAGUGGGGGGGCGGAAGGGGAAGAUGAGAGGGAGCACGGCAGGGCUUAUGGGCCGCACGAGGAGGAGGACGAGGACGAGGAGGAAGGGGAGGAGGGUGUGGGAGGAGGAGGGGGGGAGGAGAGGAGGGACAGGCACAGUGAUAGUGACACUGGUUCGUCGUAUGUUAGUGAUGAGGAUUAUGAUGAUGAUUAUGAUGAUGGGGAGGAGCGGAGGAGUUACAGGCACAAGAAGAAAACGUAUGAUGAUGAUGACAAGUAUGAUGACGAGGAUAAGGAUUAUACUUCUAGUGAGUACGACAGCAGCGAGGAUAGAUCGUCAGACAGCGAGGGGUACAGGGAGGGGGGAGGCAGGGAGAGGAGCAGGAAGGGGGCAGACCGUAGGAGUAGUAGCCCUAGGAAGGGGUCAGGGAGGGGGCGGGGUAGCAGCAGCAGGGGGAGAAAGGAUGAAGGUGGGUCUGAAUACAGUGACAGUGACUAUAGCCGUAGUGACUCUGACGAGGGGGAAGGCGACGAGGCGGGCAAACAUGGCAGGGGCAGGUCCGGCCGAGUGGCGGACAGGAGCAGCCGAGACACGAGCUUUAAGUCAAGAGAGGGAGACAGUGAGGAGGGCGAGGAGGGAGAGGAGGGAGAGGAGGUGGCAGUGGGCCGAGCGUUGGCGCAUGAUUCAUCCCGCGACCUGUCUCACAGCUACAGCCGUGGCUCCUCCUCCCGCGCGUACAGUGAGAGCGUGCCAUCUGAGCCGUCCAUGCGGCGAGAUGCGUCCCUGGAUGAGCCGGGGAGAGUCAAGGUGUCCAUGCCCCGCGGUGGGUCCGUUGGUGGGUCUGUGAGAGGGGAGGGUGUUGUGAGGAACGAAGGGUACUUGUCUGGUGAGGAGGACGGAGACGGGGGCGAGGGGCUUGGUGUGAGAAAAGGCGAGGAGGAAGAGGGUGAUGAGAGGGAAUGGAAGGGUGAGGAGCUGAAGGGAAGUGUGGGCGGAGUGGGAGUGGGUGAGGUUGAGGGGCUGGGGAUUGGUGGGGUUCAGACGGGGGAGUCAGGAGAAGGGUUGGAAGCGGAGGGGUGGGAGGAGGAGGAGGAGGGGGAGGGGGAGAAGAGGGAUCCGACGGAGCUGUUGCUGGAGGAGCUGGCUCAGGCCGAGCUGGACUAUGGCUUCCCCGGGGCCAAUGUGAGUCCGAGCACGGUGAGUCGGUGGAACAGCACGCGCGAGGACAGCCUGCAGGCCGUCAAGAGUGUUGUGGCCGAGGCGGAGCCAGUGAUCGACUGUGGGCCGCGGUGGGCGCUGGCACGGUACCUCGAGGUGCUCGAGAAGCUGCUGCUCGUGCAGCGGGAAGCUGCGCAGAACCUUCUGGGGUCGUGCGCGGGCGGCACAGGCGGCUCGGGCAGGGGAGCGGGCGAGGGCGAGGGCGAGGGGGAGGUGUGGGAGGCGGUGGAGGCGUUGGAGGGGCUGUGUGCGCGGGGGGUGCAGCAGCUGCUGGACGACUUCAGGGCCGCGCUGCUCGCCUGCAG